GAUUAUAGAAUGUAAACACACCUUAUCUUGUCUUCACAUAAGAUGUCAAAUUACUCAGCCUUUAAGACUGUUUGGAGUUGAAAUUAAAUUGUAGUUUUGCAGUUCAGAUUUGAGGCCCGCUGUCCUAAUUGUGUUCAUUUCUAAUUAUACAUUAUUAGUCUUUGGUUCUUGCAAAAUAUUACAUUAUUAGUCUUUGGUUCUUGCAAAAUAUAAUUAUGUCGCCUUCUGUGGUGAUCAGAGGAGGAAAGGUGGUCAAUCAUGACUUCACGGAGAAGGCGGAUGUGUUGAUUGAGGGAGGUAAGAUCAAAGAGGUGGGGCAUGAUCUACCAGUACCCAAAGGAGCAACAGUGCUAGAUGCCACUCACAAACUAGUCAUUCCGGGAGGUAUCGAUACCCAUACCCACAUGCAAUUGCCCUUCAUGGGCCAGGUGGCCAUAGACGACUUCUACUCCGGCACCCGAGCAGCAGUGGCUGGAGGCACCACCAUGAUCAUAGACUUCGUCAUCCCCCAGAAAGGGGAGGGGCUACUGGGGGCUUACGACAAGUGGAGAGGGUGGGCUGACCCGAAGGUGUGUGUGGACUUUUCUUUCCAUGUUGCAGUCACGUGGUGGUCGGACGAGGUGAAAAGAGACAUGGAGACACUGGUUAAGGAGAGAGGUGUGAACUCGUUCAAGAUCUUCAUGGCGUACAAGGGUGUGUUCCAACUGGACGACUCUCAGAUGAUAGAAGUGUUCAAAACAUGCAGGGAGCUGGGUGCCCUGGCCAUGGUCCAUGCGGAGAAUGGGGACAUGGUGGCGGAGCUGCAGCAGAAGAUGAAGACACUGGGCAUCAUGGGACCCGAAGGCCAUGCACUCAGUAGACCAGAGAUUGUGGAGGCGGAGGCGGUGAACAGGGCAAUCAUGUUGAGCAACCAGUCCCACUGUCCCCUCUAUGUAGUGCAUGUCAUGAGCAAAAGUGCCGCAGACUCCAUCACACUCAACAGACAGAAGGGCCAAGUGGUGUUUGGUGAGCCGAUUGCGGCCAGUCUGGGCACGGAUGGCACCAACUACUUCCACAAGUGUUGGGCACAUGCAGCAGGUCACGUGCUCAGCCCCCCUUUGAGACCAGACCCCACCACACCCAUGUACCUCAUGCAGCAGCUGGCCAACGGCAACUUAGACUGUGUAGGCACUGACAACUGCACAUUUAACACCGCCCAGAAAGCAGUAGGGAAAGACGACUUCACCAAGAUCCCCAACGGCGUCAACGGAGUCGAGGACCGAAUGUCAAUCGUGUGGACCAAAGGAGUCUGUGCCGGACUCAUAGACGAGUGUAAAUUUGUGGAAGUCACUUCGUCCAAGGCAGCUAAGAUUUUCAACCUGUACCCGAAGAAGGGGCGGGUGGCAGUAGGGUCUGAUGCGGAUUUGGUGGUGUGGGAUACAUCGGCUAGCAGAAUGAUUUCAAAGGACACACAUCACCAGGCUGUUAACUUCAAUAUCUUCGAGGGUCAGACAGUUUUUGGAAAACCAGUACACGUGAUCAGCGGAGGUCACGUGGUACUGCAGGAUGGAGAGCUGAAGGUCAGCAGAGGUCACGGCAACUACAUUCCAAGACAGGCACAUUGCAGUCACGUGUACAAUAUACUCAGACACAGGGAAAAGACUGAACAACCAGUACCCGUCACUAGAGGUCCCUACACUGGGCCUGUUGCUGAACCCGCCAAAUAGGUGAACACUCAAGAACAGAGUUACUAAAAACUGAUUAUCAAAUAGCCAAGCCUAAGUUAUGUAAUUUAGUAUGUUUAUUUUAUUCGUCUGCAAAAUAUGCAUAGUCCCAAA